AUGAUUGAAGGAAGUCCAUUAGAAAACCGAUCCAAAUACGUCAUAAAAGAGUUACAAGACCAAACAUCUCGGAUCGUUGGCGGCGAAGAUGCACCUUACGGCUCCGCCAGACACAUGGUAGGAUUGCUGGUGGGUACCGCUCUCAAGUGGUUUACUUGUGGAGGCUCCAUUAUAACCCAGAAACACGUAUUAACUGCUGCCCAUUGCGUAGAACCCAAUAUCGCCUGGGGUGAACUGCUUCCAUCUUUCCAUGGUGUUGUUGGUACACAUUAUUGGAAUAAAACAGAUAAUACCGAAAUAAGAUUCAAAGGGUACGCUAUUCACCCCGGUUGGUCGUGGAUCACUUUAAAGAACGACAUAUCCGUGCUGACGACUGCCAAACAAAUUGAGUUUAAUGCCCGCGUUGGCGCCAUUUCGCUGAGUACAAAUUUCGUGCACGGAAGAAUAAAUUCUUUUGUUACGGGAUGGGGCAAUCUUGAACUUUUCGGCGAAACUCCGCAUAGACUGCAAAUUCUUCGUGUCAGUACAAUAUCAAACAAGGAGUGUGCAAUCAGGUUGUGGUGGGAAGAAAAUGUGGACGGAAUAAGAGCGCCGCCAUUUGAUGGAGCUUUGGAAAUCUGUACUCUGCAUUCCUAUGGUCAUGGGAUGUGUCAUGGUGAUUCGGGCAGUGCAUUAGUGGAUCAAAAGACUAAACAACAGAUCGGUAUUGUGUCCUGGGGCUUCCCUUGCGCCCGGGGAGCACCUGACUUCUUCGUCAGAGUUAGCGCUUUUAUUGGCUUCAUCAGGAAAAGCGUUGGUAUUAGGAACCUAUAAGGUCUUGUGGCCUA